AAUGGUUCCCCGGAUAUACGAAUCGAUUUUCCCAGAUGUUCACAUUCCCACGAAUCUCUCAUUCCACCAGUUCCUCACGCGGUAUAACCCCGAAGAUGUUGCUGCGGACAAGGUCGUAUGGGAAGAGUCGGACACAGGGCGGACAUUGUCAUAUGGUGGUGUCCGAGACGAAGCUGCUAUAGGAGCCGCUUGCCUCACCGGCGCUCUGGGGCUGCACCCAGGAGAUGUUGUCGCAAUAUAUGCGCCCAACAGCAUCAGCUAUGCUAUUGCCACUCAUGCAGUGAUAUGGUUCGGUGGAGUCAUAGCAGGCAUCAACCCAAUGACUUCACCUUACGAUUUGGUCCACUAUUUGGCCUCUUGCGAGCCAAAGGCUAUCAUCACUGUCCCAGAUUUACGAGGCCAAGUUGUUCAAGCACUAUCACAGAGCAAGAAUCUCCCCUUUCAACCAAAUAUCAUCAUGCUUGAUGAGACGUCCAAUGCAAUUUUUCCGGAGUUCUACGAGAAAAAGAACUAUGGCCGCCAUCAGAUUCCUCCAUUUGACCUCACCGGCCAAGACAAUCGCAAGCAUGUACCAGCAAUCAUGUUCAGCUCCGGUACCAGCGGAAAACCCAAAGCAGUACAAUGGAGUCACUUUUCAAUGAUUGCGCACCUCAUAAACGUUCGAGCUUCGCAGCCGGAGCAGAACAAUCGACUCACAAGAGAAGUUCUGUUUGUACCUUUUGGUCACAUGUUUGGUCUCGUUGCCGCCGUGCUCAACCCAACCCACACCGGUUCUCACGUCGUCAUCAUGAAGCAGUUCGAAUAUCUAAAGUACAUUGAAGCUUCCGCGAGACUUCGGGCCACAAUAAUGAGAAUGGUCCCUCCCAUAGCGUUGGCUAUCGCUAAAGAUCCUAACAUAUCGAAGUUCAACUUGACCAGUGUCCAAGUUAUUAUGUGUGCUGGGGCUACGCUCCAAGCCGAAGUAGUGAACAAGCUUCAAGCAAUCAUGGGUGGCUGCUACAUCUUACAAGGUUACGGUUUGAGCGAAGCAGCUGUCUCGGCAUUGAAACCGGCGAAAGCAACCGAGAGAUCAGGAUCAGUGGGAGUCAUCUUUCCCAGCCAUAAGCUCCGUCUAGUGGACGACGAUUUGAACGAUGUCGACGUAGGACAGCCUGGAGAAGCUCUUGUCAAAGGCCCAACCGUAUUCAUGUCCUAUAAAAACAACCCAGCCGCCACGAAAGAAGCUUUCCACGAUGGAUGGCUGCGGACGGGCGAUGUUCUAAAAGUCGACGAAGACGGCUACCUCUGGUUCCUCGACAGAAAGAAGGAGAUGAUCAAAUACAAGGGCAACCAAGUCGCCCCCGCCGAGCUCGAAGACAUCCUCAACUCGCACCCCUCGGUAGCCGAAUCAGCUGUCUGCGGUAUUUUUGACUCGUCGCAGCAAACCGAAGUCCCCGUCGGCUACGUAUGCCUGAACGACUCCAUCUCGGAAUCCGAAAGGUCGAAAGUCCUACACGAGAUCCGGCAGUGGGUGGACGGGAUAGUCUCCCCAACGAAGAAACUGCGCGGCGGCGUGUUCUACAUCGCGCAGAUCCCGAAGAACCCGACGGGCAAGGUGCAACGGAUGCUUCUCCCAGCCAGGGUGGAGGCUGCGGCGAAGAUUGCUGCGGCGAACCGGCCUGCGAAGCUCUGACAGAGUGUAGUCACACUGGAAUGGGGCACCUCAAGGCAGGCAUGU